CAGAAGCUUUGGAGUUCAUGAAGCGGGACCUGGCUGAGUUCACUCAAGUGGUGCAGCAUGACACAGCCUGCACUAUUGCUGCCACGGCCAGCGUGGUCAAGGACAAGCUGGCAAGGACAGAAGGUUCCUCAGGUGCGACUGAAAAGAUGAGGAAAGGACUCUCCGACUUCCUGGGCGUCAUCUCAGACACGUUUGCUCCCUCGCCGGAUAAGACCAUUGACUGCGAUGUCAUAACAUUGAUGGCAACACCCACAGGUACCACAGAGCCCUACGACAGUGCCAAGGCUCGCCUCUACAGCCUCCAGUCAGACCCAGCCACCUACUGCAACGAACCCGAUGGCCCUGCUGAGCUCCUUGAGGCCUGGCUGGCUCAGUUCAACCUAGAGGAGAAGAAAGGGGAGAUAGCAGAGCUGCUGGCCACCAGCCCUUCCAUCCGGGCUCUCUACACCAAAAUGGUCCCUGUGGCUGUUUCCCAUUCUGAAUUCUGGCAGCGCUACUUCUAUAAAGUGCAUCGCCUGGAGCAGGAUGAAGCCCGGAGGGAGGCUCUGAAGCAACGAGCGGAGCAGAGCAUUCACCAAGAGGAGCCAGGCUGGGAAGAGGAUGAAGAGGAGUUCUUGGGCAUGUCACCCCUGCCUUGUGCAAACAUGAAAUUUCCAGAAGCAGCAGAGAAAGAAUCUGCCCCUGCAGCCCUGGCGGGAAGCCACCCCACUGCUCACCAGGGACCCUCAGAGGAAAGCUGGGCCGUCCUCCCUCCGGAGCUGGCCCCGGCAGAGGGGAGCCCCUCUGAGAGCAGUGAGAGCAUCUCCCUUGUGACUCAGAUUGCAAACCCUGCCUCUGUGCCUGCCGCGCAGCUACAGACUGGAGUACAACCAGCUGGGACCAGAGACCUCUCCCAGAGGCUGCUGGAGGCCACCUUGGAAGAGCAGAGCUGCCUGCCAAAGCCCUCAGAACCUGGUCAUCCUUCUGCACCUGCCCGGGAGUCAGCAGCAUCCUCAGAGCAACCUGCUGUUCCAGAGCUCAAGGAGGUGGAGAGCAAAGCCCAGGGCAGGACAGAGACUCUGAAAGAGGAAGGACCAACAGAUUUACGAGUCUUCGAGCUGAACUCGGAUAGUGGGAAAUCCACUCCCUCCAACAAUGGCAAGAAAGGCUCCAGCACGGAUAUCAGUGAGGACUGGGAAAAAGACUUUGAUUUGGACAUGACUGAAGAGGAGGUGCAGCUGGCGCUCUCGAAGGUGGAAGUGUCUGGGGAGGUGAGUCAAGGGGGAGGUGCUUGCUCCAACAGGCAAGAAGGUCACUCCGAGAAACCAUCAGCAGCUCCUUGGGGUGAUGCUGUGUGA